AUGCUUGCUUUACUCUUCUUCUGUAUAGCUUUGGCUGCCGCAUAUCCCACCCGCGGAGUUUGUAGUGGUGACUGUUGGACGAAAGAUCCUUCUGUCAUCCAGCGAGUGUCUGAUGGGAAAUUCUUCCGUUUCGGGACUGGAACUGGAAUCCCCAUCAUAACCUCGGAUUCUAUCAAGGGCCCAUGGACAUCUGUUGGUGCAGUUCUACCAAGUGGCUCUGAGAUUACAGUCACUGGCGUUGACAGCACGGAUAUUUGGGCUCCGGACGUUCACUACGCGGAUGGCACAUACUACUUGUACUAUGUCCUCUCUCAGAUCGGCACCCAGAAUUCUGAGAUUGGCGUGGCUACCUCGACUACCCUAGAAUCUGGUUCCUGGACCGAUCAUGGUGUAGUCGGUAUCCCCGAUAACAGUGCAUAUAACAGAAUCGACCCGGCCUGGAUCUCCAUUGACGGCCAAGAGUACCUAAACUUUGGAUCUUUCUGGGAAGAUAUCUUCCAGGUGCCCUUGGCCAAUCCCUUGCAGGUCGACUCGACAGCGCCCUAUGAACUCGCAUACAACAGCUCUCUCAACCAUCGCGAAGAAGGAUCUUACAUGUUCCAAAAUGGCGACUACUACUACCUCCUGAUCAGCGGUGGACAAGCUGGUGACUACACUGCCACUACUCCACCCCAGGGUGAAGAGUACCGCAUCAGUGUUUGUCGAUCAAGUUCCGGAACUGGCAACUUUGUUGACCAAGAUGGUACUGCUUGCACUGAGUCUGGUGGAACUCUGUUGUUGUCUAGCCACGGACAGGUCUAUGGCCCCGGUGGACCUGGUGUACUCCAAGAUAACGACGUUGGGCUCGUCCUGUACUACCACUACUACCCACUCGCAAAGAAGCAGGCUGGAGGCUCCAAUUCUAAUGCUGACUACCUGUUCUCCUGGAACGUUCUUGGCUGGGAGAACGGCUGGCCUUACGUCGCCUCCUAA